AAAGCCCGAUAACGUGUAGCCGAGAUGAGGCAGCGGCUCCCUUCCCUUCUCCUUGCCUCGCCUCCCUUCCCUUCUCCUCGCCCCCUUCGUUGCCGGCGGAAGAAGCCAACCAACCAAACCGAUCCCCCCACGCCGACGCCAAGAAGGCCCCCUCCGUGAGCCGCUUCCUCCGGCGACGAUACGAUCGCUUCGGUACGGAACCCCGCUCUACCCCUCCGAUCCGAGGGUGGUUCCUUGUUCUUACUAUAACCUCUAGAUGAUUCCAUGGGAACUCCAAAUGAAAUGACAUCAUACUCUUCCCUGUCCAAAAUUGACACCGGGCACAACCAGGGAGCUACUUUAUCCAACGUAGUUACGGGAAACAGUUAUCCGGUUCAGGAUUAUCUCUAUGAGCCAUCGUUUGAACCAGAUUUCCCGGAGUAUGAUACAAGGGAUGAUCCGUUCGCUCCAACACGAGCUAGUCCAAAAGUUAAUUUGAAGACUGUUCUGGGUGGGCUGGUUUCAAUUGUCACGGGUGGAAACAAGAGUGAGGAUGAUACAUUGCAGCAGCAAAGUUUCAGCACGGAUGUAUCAUUUUUAGGUUCUGACAAGAACGGUGAUGUUGGCGUGCACCCAUCUGUCUGUGUUCCAAGUGCACCGCCACUACUUGAAGCGAAUGCUUUACAGUACAGUGCAUACAGGGAGGUGCUGCUAGCAGAUCCACCAGAGUGGUUGCCAGAUAGCUGUAGUAAUGUGUGCCUGCAGUGCAACUCUCCUUUCACAGCUCUGACUCGUGGAAGGCACCAUUGCCGGUUCUGUGGAGGUAUAUUCUGCAGAGAUUGUUCCAAGGGAAGAUGCUUGAUGCCCAUGAAAUUUAGACUUCAUGAUCCUCAGAGAGUGUGCGAUGCUUGCUAUGAGAGACUCGACCCACUUCAGGGCUUAUUGAUCAACUACAACAGUAAUGCCAUGCAGCAAGCAAAACAUGAUGUCAUGGAUUGGACAAGCACUAGAAGCUGGCUGAACAUGCCUGUUGGUGUAUCAAUGGAGUAUGAGAUAUACAAGGCGACAAACACGAUGAAGAAAUAUUGCCAGGUUGCUAGAUUAAACCCCGAGAAGUCCAUCCCAUCAUCUAUUCUAAAGGGAGCAAAGGGGCUUGCUGUUCUAACAGUUGCCAAGGCGGGUGCAAUUCUUACAUACAAAGUUGGCACUGGUAUUGUAGUUGCUCGCAGAUCAGAUGGAUCAUGGUCUGCUCCCUCUGCAAUUUUAUCUGUUGGACUGGGAUGGGGAGUGCAGAUUGGAGGAGAACUGACAGACUUUAUCAUUGUGCUUCAUGACUGUAAAGCUGUCAAGGCAUUCAGCAGUCGCAUUCAUCUUUCUCUUGGGGCUGGCUUGAGUGCUGCAGCGGGGCCAAUUGGCAGAGCCUUUGAGGCAGAUGUUCGGGCCAGUGAAAAAGGUUCUGGAAUAUGCUACACUUACAGCUGCAGCAAAGGUGCUUUUGUUGGGGUUUCACUGGAAGGAAAUAUCGUCACAACCAGAACAGAGACCAAUCUAUGUUUCUACGGUGACGCGUACUUGACCACAACCGAUAUCCUGUUUGGGAGGGUGGAGAGGCCCCGAGCUGCCCAGCCCCUGUACACAGCUCUAGACGAUCUAUUCUCCAAAAUGGUCUCCUAGCUCAUCUAGAUUGUGAUACUCUGCAUGGCCCGGUUGUUAGCAUGCAGUCAUGUACAUAAACAAAAGAUACCAGGAAAGUCCUGAAAAAAAAAAGAUGGCAGGAAAAUAUACAGAUUUUGUUGAAUGGGUUCACUACUAGUACCAAUCAACACAUGUAAAUAUUGGCAGACUAUUUAGUGCGCUGCUGUGUGCGGUUGUGGACUCUUUCAUGCAAUGCAAGAUUGUUAAAUCUGUUAGUACUAUAA